CCUUCCAAAACUAUAAAGCUGUCCUCCUCUCCCGCUCCCCAGACCCAGACAUGGAAGCCAGAAGGAUGGUGCAGCUAGCUGCUGCUCUGCUCACCCUCGCAACACACAGUGAGGGCAUCCUCGAUGGGCGGGAGGCGAGCCCACACUCCCGUCCCUACAUGGCGUCUAUUCAGGAGCCAAAGGACGGUGGAUUUGCUCAUUUGUGUGGAGGGUUUUUGGUAGCGGACCAAUGGGUGAUGACUGCAGCUCACUGCUUCACAUCUGGAACUGCAGGCAUGAUCGUCAUCCUCGGGGCACAUUCCAAGACUGCCGACGAGAACACCAAGCAACGAUUUGAGAUUCAGAACCUUUAUAGUCAUCCAAAUUACAACUCUGUCAACUACGAUAACGACAUCACUCUGAUCAAGUUGGACCGUGCUGUCGAGCAAACAGAAGCGGUGAAGACGGUGAAGUACCUUCGUGCGGGCGGGUCCAACCCCGACACCAACGACGAUGUGAGCACGGCCGGCUGGGGGGCGCUCGGCAACUUUGGAUCGUACCCUGACAAGCUCAUGGAGGUGGACAUCAAGAUCAUCGCACGGUCCAUCUGUUUCAAAAACGAUCGCUAUGGAGAUGAUUUCACUGAAAACAUGAUGUGUGCUGCCGGGUCCCAUAAGGACUCCUGUAAAGGGGACUCGGGAGGUCCUCUGCUGUUCCAGGGCGUGGUGGUGGGCAUCACCUCUAACGGAGGGAGGAAGUGUGGAGGCCUUAAGAAGCCAGGCCUCUACACCAUCAUCUCCCGCUACACAGAGUGGAUCGACUCCAGUAUGGCCCAGUGAGCCCAGGGGAUAGCCCCCACGGCCAAGUCUGGGGAACACUAGUACAACAAUAAAUCACACUUUUGCAUUCAAA